CUUUCCCUAGGUUACAACAGUGUUCCAGUUGGUCAACUGUCAAAAUUCAGCCUGUUUCAUGAGAUGGACCCUCUUAACAGCCUGUCCAACUUUGAGUCAGAGAUGGAGACAGACGGACAGGGAACUUAUUCUCUCUUCCCAGCUUUGGACAACAUGACGAGUCUGGCAGCAGCAUCUGAAACUCUGGAAAGUGAACCAUCUGAAGAAGUUGUUGACAAACCAAACCUCACAUGGCUCGAUGCUGCUCAGAUCGUUCUGGAAGAAGCCGGGCGUCCUAUGCACAUCAAGGAGAUCAAACAGAGGAUCAUAGAUCGUGGAUUGGUUCAGUCCAAUGCAAAGUCUAGUCUGGAGGCUGUGAUGUACCGUGAGACACAGAAAGGUAGCAGGCGCUUCAAGAGGAUUGAGAACAGAAACGGAGUCUUUGCUCUCCUGACCGAUGAGGAGAGACAGCAGGCUCUGCAGGCGUUUUCCGCUCCGACGGCCUUCCAGAGCUCAGGUCCGUCUCUGCCAUCCGUGCCUUCGGUAUCGUCCCCGCACAGUCACUCUGAGCCCAGACCAAAGGUCAAGAAGCCCGUCCGCAGGAACCACAAUGAGAAAUACAGACUGAAGUACCUUCGUCUUCGCAAGGCUGCUCGCACCAUGAUCUUUGAAAAUGCAGCUUUAUGUGAUGAGGUUGCUCGCUUGGAGGAGAAGUUUGUACGUGCAAAAGAAGAGAGAAGGUUUCUCCUGAAGACUCUGCUGCAGUACCAGUCCCUGACAGAAGGAGAGCUGCUCUCACAUCCAGCAUCCGUUUCUCACACUCCUGUGGCGUUCAGCUCCACUACGGCGGGGCCGGCCGCUGUGUCAGCAGGCCAAAGCCAGGGACCCGGACCAUCGGGGACUGAGGAGAGCUUUCCUAAGAAACCCAAGAAAGAACGAAAAGAACGAGGGAAGGAAAACGGAAGAGAGGAAAUGGUGAAGAAGAUUUCCAAAAAGAGAAAAGUGGCGGAGAGCGGAGCGCGUAAGAUCGUUCAGCCCAUCCCGCUGGACUCUUCUGGUAGACCCGUGUUUCCCAUUGUGCUGGGAGGACUUACUGUCUAUAGCCUGGGUGAGAUCAUAACAGAUCGGGCUCACUUCCAUGAUGAAAGCGCCAUUUACCCUGUGGGCUUCUGCAGUACGAGAGUGUUUGCCAGCAUGAAGAACCCGCAGCAGCAGUGUCUCUAUACCUGCCAGAUUAAAGAUGGUGGCCAAGGUCCACAGUUUGAGAUUGUACCUGAAGACGACCCACAAAAUUCCAUCGUCGGCUCGUCCGCUCUGAGCUGCCAUGCAGAGCUGCUGAAAGCUAUUGCUGCAAAGAGGGGAAAACCUCUGGCCUAUGUCAGCCCCACUGGUGCAGACUUUUUUGGUUUCUCGGUACCAACGAUUCAGAACUUGAUCCAGAGCUGUCCCGGAGCUCGCAAGUGCAACGAUUAUCAGUGGGUUCGCUUCGAGGUGUGUCGAUCGGGGGACGGACGGCCUCCUCACGUGCUGACCGAGGAUGAUGCGUCGGUGAAUUUCGAAGCCUUUCAGCGGCUGCUGGGUAGUGAGGAAGGUGGGAUCGGUCAGGGCGUUACUCCUGACCAGAGCAAUAUCGUACGACCCACGCUACCCAGCAUUCCCUCUCAUCAACGCUUACUGAGCUCAGCAUCUCUUCAGACCACUGCAGCCGGUGCUCUCUCCAACACCUGAGCCCUGGAACACUGACCGUGGGCUGUAAUACUAUUGCGCUUCUCACGGUUCAUAAGCGGACUGAUUAGGUUAGGCUGCAUUUAUGCGACACGAGGCAAAACCGCUUCGCGCCGGCUGUGCCGUUGUUUAAUAAAGAACGAGGUGGUCCUGCUUGCCCGGCUUGGUCUUUAGUGCUCGAUGCUCUGAUGCAACGAGACAUUUAUAUGAUGGUAAUAGAAGCGAAGCACAGACACGACGGAGAGAAACUUAUUGUUUAAUUCAACCCUGAAUGUAGGACGGUUUGCAUUUAGCACACGCUUUCAUCCAAAGCGACUUACAGCUGUGCUUGAGUACAUCGCCAGCAAUUGACGCUUAAGGGUCUUGCUCAGGAGAUCAACCGGCAAUAUGUACUAGUGAGGCUUAAACCAGCGGCCUUCUUAAGCCUAGUCCGGUACUUUAACCACUAAACUACCGCUGGAAUUGUGAAGCAUACUAAAGUGUCAUGUUCUUUUGCUGGGUUUUUAUCUUCUCACGGCUCCAAAUAUAUACCAUUUAUGAUAUUAAACUAAAAUAGAUGUCAUACGAAACUGCAUCUGAAUAAACUCCCAAUAGUCUUAGUGUUGUCAAUAGUGUGUAUUAUGUUAUUAUAUCAAGCUUUCCACUCAACUUGGCACAGCCAGCAGAAAGUGGUUUUGAAACCCAUGGAAAAUUCAUGACUCGGUGAGAAGAGUGCACUAGAUAAUGACCCUGGAUAAUCAGGGGAAAUUCUGUAAAAGGAAUGUUCUCAAAUAAAAUGUUUUUGAAAGAGA